UGCUCUUUUCGCAGCUGCUAUCAACCGGUACGUUGAUUGAAGCUAAGUCGCGCAUGGUUUAUUAUUGACGAGCCACGUGCGGGUUCGUACGUUUCUGAGCGAAUUCAGUCGGUGCAAAGUAAAUAAAAGACUUAAUCGUUACGUGGUUAUACUUGCUUAGGAGAUUAUCUUAACAAUAUUGUUAUUUCCUGGCAGCCUUCAAAAUACUAACCUACAAACAUGGUGCUGGCGUGUCGAUUUUAUAAAGAGAAGUAUCCCGAGGUGGAAGAUGUGGUGAUGGUGAAUGUACGCAGUAUAGCUGAAAUGGGUGCUUAUGUACACCUAUUGGAAUAUAACAACAUUGAGGGCAUGAUAUUGCUCUCUGAAUUGUCCAGGAGACGUAUUAGGUCUAUCAAUAAACUUAUCAGAGUAGGCAAAACUGAACCAGUUGUAGUUAUUCGAGUAGACAAAGAGAAAGGUUACAUUGAUCUGAGCAAACGUCGUGUAUCCGCUGAGGAUGUAGAAAAAUGCACAGAGAGAUACGCCAAGGCUAAGGCCGUUAAUUCAAUUUUAAGACACGUUGCGGAACUGCUGCACUAUGACAGCGAUGAUCAGCUGGAGGAACUGUAUCAGAAGACAGCCUGGUACUUUGAGGAAAAAUAUAAGAAGCAGAAAGCAUCCGCUUAUGAUUUCUUCAAACAAUCAGUAUUGGAUCCCUCUAUUUUAGCAGAAUGUGGCCUCGACGAGCACACGAAGGAAGUGUUGUUAAAUAAUAUCAAACGGAAACUUACCUCCCAAGCGGUGAAGAUCAGGGCAGAUGUGGAAGUAGCGUGUUACGGCUACGAGGGAAUUGACGCUGUUAAGGCUGCACUGAAGACUGGCUUAGCUCUUUCCACCGAAGAACUUCCCAUCAAAAUUAACUUGAUUGCUCCUCCCUUGUACGUUAUGACAACAUCUACACCGGAAAAACAGGACGGCCUGAAGGCAUUAAAUGACGCAAUCGAGGUAAUUCGUGAUAAGAUCACGUUGCUCGGAGGUGUAUUCAACAUCCAAAUGGCGCCGAAAGUGGUCACUGCUACGGACGAGGCAGAAUUGGCGCGACAAAUGGAACGAGCGGAAUUAGAAAACGCAGAAGUUGCGGGCGAUGACGACGAGGAGGAGGUGGAAGGAAUGGAUGGUGAUUUCAGCGGCGGUGAGGGAUCUGAGCAAAACGACAAAUUCAGAGACCCAUCACAAGAAGAAAUUUGAAAAUCUAUAAUAUACAUAUAUAUAUAUAUAUGUAUAAAUAAAGUAUAAAUUUAAUUAACAACUA